AUAUUUCGAUGAAGCGCGAAAAGUAAUGGAUAAAUUAAUAGAGUGAAAAAAUCGCAGUAUGCAUUUACAUUAUACAUGCGUAACAGCUUUGAAGUUGACGCAUAAGCCGAAUAACCUGUAACAUGGAACGGUUAACGAGCGACGGUAUCUCGCACUUCUUUCCAAAACCACGCAACCAAGAGAACGAGCAGAUCACCGAGAUUAGUAAGCCGGAGACAGAAACUUUCAAUCAAACGAUAUUCUAUAGCGACGCGUUUAAUCAAUCCGAGUUGCCGAUGCUUUGCAAUAAGACGGAGACGGAGAGCGAGGAGCAGCAGCGACCGAAUUCCGAGGGUUUGAGCAAGGAGGACCGACAAUUUAUCGAGAAAUUGAAACGACGAAUUGAGAAACGAAAGCAGGGGCAGAUAACCAAUCGCCAGUGCCUCGUGCAAAAGUUAACAACAUUCUUCAUAUUCUUUGUAUUGCACUGCAUUACAGCAACGUUCGCUAAGAAUUAUCAACAGUACCAGACGUUUCUUGCCACGCAGUUCUGUGGCUUCAUCACAAUCAUGUUCUGGGAUAAUAACUGAUCACCGUGGCCACCGAACGCAUAUCUUUUACGAUAUUCCUUAACGAUAAAUCACAAUUCAUCAUGUUAAAGCAAAUUAUAUUGUAUCAUCUUACGAUAUAAUUCUACCGGAGGCCCAUCG